AUGAUGAAAUUCGAAUUUGAUAAUUUGUCAAAUGAAACCAGUCAGAAUAAUUCUAUUUGCAUCUUUACUCAGUAUACAGAACCAGUUGUUCUCAGUGGUCUCAUAUUAACAUUUAUCGGAUUAGUUCUUGGAUUAAUAAUAAUAUUUAUUAAAAAUCUACAUACUAAAUCCACAAUGAACACAAUCGUCAUCGUGAUAACGAUGGUCUUUAUUAUUGUCGGUGUUGUAUUACUUAUGUCGGUUGGAGAAUGGUACGAACAAAUUAUUUCUGUAUCUAUAGCUACCGCGAUCUUCAUCAUGGCCAUUUUGCUGGAUAUAAAGCUACAAGGUUCAAAAAUGAAAUGGAUGAUAAUCUUGUUCACAUUGUGUUGCGUAUUUGCUGUAACUGGAUUGAUUUUCUUUGUUUUCGGUGUGAUAUAUGGAAGCAAAGGUUUACUAGGUGCAACCUUGGUUUGUUGGUGCGGUGAAAUGUUAAUUGUAAGUUCCGAAUAA